AUGGCGCAACAGUAUUCAGAGUGGAAUGAGGGGAAUAGCAACCACGAUAAUCGUCAAUAUGAUAUAUCCCCUCGACCCCUUCAGUAUCGUGAGAGUGGCCUCAGCCCUUAUAAUGGUAUGCCCAAUACCAUGACUUCGAGUAUGCAGUCCUUGCAUAGCGAGGUCAGCCAACAGAUCCAGGACAUGAGCAACCCAACUCGUUCAUACCCUAUAAAUCACAGUCAUAAUCACCCUCUCCCACCUGGGAGUGGCCAGUAUCCCCACCGUAUAGCUUCUUCAGAGUAUCUUUCACAAUCAGCUAGCCAGACACUUAAUCGGCCUGCGCCGUAUGCGAAUUCAUGGCAUCAUGGGCAGUCGAAUUAUGAGGAAGUUCAAGAACCGCCAAGGACGGCUCGAAGAGCUACAUCUUUUCAUACCGAAGAAGCAGUUGGCUAUGCUACAACUACUCCGGCACCGCUAUACAACGGUCGCCACAGCCGCCGAAGCUCUGCUGCACGUUCUAUCCCAGGGCAGCCUCGCAGCAGCAGCGAGCAAGGCGAAGUCUAUAGUACCGCGAUGCCCAGUCCAAACUUGCAAGGGCCGCUACCGAUGCCUCGGAUUUCAAGCACUUCGCUACACUAUGCGUACCAUAACUCUGAAGAUGCAAUUACCCCUUCUAUUGAUACGACUGCCGUCUCAAGACGCUCACACCAGUCUUACAGAAAUGCGACUGCAUCUAACCAAAGUCCUACCAUAAAUGGGGAACUUAUGGCCUAUGAAGUCGAUGGCCAUCCUAUAUCUAACACCGCUGCUGCACACGCUUAUCCCUUUCCGAACAAUAGCCCUGGCAAUAAUGUUAUCAAAGAAGGAGCAGCAGACGAAAGAAGUAUAGCGACUAGUGGUGACGAUGGGGAUAUGAUAGUUCGACAAGACUUAAGGCGACAACUACAUGAGCGUCAUGUUGGAAUGAUAGCAUUAACGGGUGCUAUCGGUAUAGGGCUGUUCCUCACUUCAGGCAGAGUGUUGAAAAUUGCUGGCCCAGGUGGCGCCGUACUAGCAUACUUUCUCAUGGGCACCGUGGCAAAUGCAGUAAUGGCCUGUCUGGGCGAAAUGACCGCCCUCAUCUCUAUACCUGGGCCCAUGUCUGAAUUUGCUAGUCGAUUUGUCGACGACUCUCUUGGAUUCGCAGUCGGCUGGAUGUUCUGGUUCACUCAUGCGAUUGGACUCGCAUCCGAGACAACUGCUGCAGCUAUCCUGAUGACUUUCGUCUACAAGAACACAGGUGUAACUACAAUCCCAACACCGGAAUUUGACUGGCCAAAAUCAGUCUUUGCAUCCGAUGCUGUGUGGAUUGCGAUAUUCCUGAUCCUUGUUCUACUAGUCAACCUACUACCAGUUCGUAUAUACGGAGAGUUCGAAUACGUCUUCGCCUGGAUUAAACUUACAUGCAUCAUUGGCUUAAUAUUCGUUAUGCUGGUCCUCAAUUUACGAAGUACAGAUAGGUAUGGAAGAGACGGACCGAUUGGCUUCCGUUACUGGAGCAAAUGCACAGAUGCAAGCUCUUUACAAUAUACCGCAAAUUGCACUCAACAUCCAGAAUGGGGUUUCUUCGCCCAGGCCUUUGACUCCGGGAGGCAGAAGAUAUGGGCAAAUCUCGCAGAUCCAAUCAGAGCUGAGUACCUUCAACAAGAUGGCGACUUGGGAAGACUUAAAUCUGUCUGGACUGCUCUUACCCUCGCAUUUUAUGCAUAUCUUGGUAUGGAAAUCAUCUCCGUUACGGCAGCUGAGUCUCGAGCCCCAGCAUUGUCUAUCAAAACAUCGACACGAAAGAUGUUUUGGCGUCUUGCUACGCUGUAUUGUAUUGGCAUGUUCGUCGGGUCUCUAAAUGUACCUUACACCCACCCCAACCUGCUAUCGCUUCGCCCAGACAACAGCGAAAUCCAAGGGAAAGUCUCCCCAUUUAUUAUCGCCGUGGUCGAAGCUGGCAUCAUCGGUCUCCCUAGCUUUCUCAACGCCCUUUUCUUAUUUGCCGCAUGGAGUGCCGGUGUAUCUGCUCUUUUCGUUUCCUCGAGAACGAUGCACGCAAUGGCCCUUGCGGGCCAUUUUCCAAUCCCCAAAAUGAAAGAAGUCAACCGAUACGGUGUUCCGGUGAAUGCUAUGCUAUUAUCUUGGCUCGUCGGCUUUCUGGCUUUCCUCCAGAGCGGGAAUAAUGCCCAAGAGGUCCUUGGGUAUCUCGUCAAACUAGGGACUAUCUCUUGCCUAAUAGUUUAUGCUUGCAUCUCGGCCUCAUAUAUUCGAUUUUUCGAAGGUCUCCGACAUAGAAAUACCUUUUCACGAUGUGACGCCCGAUAUCCAUACCGUUCGAGGUUUCAACCUAUAAGAGCAUGGUAUGGCCUCAUCGGGUCCUCCAUGGUUGUUAUAUUCAAUGGCUGGGAGUUCUGUACGUCCGAUUUCGUCGACGAAGGCAGCGCACGGGCGAAGGGAUUUAUAUUUUCCUAUCUUGCUUUUGUCGGGUUCCUUGUCCUCUACUUUGGUAGAAAAUUGGUAACAGGAUCGGAGUUCGUGCCUGUGGCGUCUAUGGACUUUGCGGGCGCAAGAUUGAGACAAGAUGUCGAAAUUACUGGGAAACAUUGGCUUAUUAAAGUGUGGGACUGGCUCAAAUAA